AGACGUUGUGCCUUCAAGACAGAGCAAAUUAACUCCAUUGGCGAAUUAUUGCAUUACGAGGCAUCUCUCCGCUGAUCGAUGCGCGACGGCGAUUAGUUUCUUUUCCUUUUUUUUUAUGGUGACAUUUGAUUAGAGCGAGCGCAUUUCGGAGAAGAUGAUGGAGUACAUGGAGGACAAGUUUGCGCUGAAAAGCCAGGUGAUGAAGGCCAGCGAUUACUACAUGGACCAAGUCAUGGAGAGUCUGGACAGCGCGCAGUACUUCACCAAGUCUUCCCCCAAAUGCGUGCAGGCCUUCGGGCUUCAGAGCGGAGACCACCGCUCCUCGCCCUGCGGAGAUCAGACCGCCAGUUACGGUGUGCCAAAAACCGAGGAGGACAGUUUGCACUCGGACCUCGGGAGGUCGAUGGACAGUUGUUGCACCCUCCGGGCGUCCCCCGUGACCACCGGGCAGGACAAGACCGACCUGGAAGACAUGGGGGACAAGUGCGACAGCAACGUUUCCAGCAGCAAGAAGAGGAGACACCGGACGACGUUCACGAGCGCGCAGCUGGAGGAGCUGGAGAAAGUGUUUCAGAAAACUCACUACCCAGAUGUUUACGUGAGGGAACAGCUGGCCAUGAGGACGGAGCUAACGGAGGCCAGGGUGCAGGUGUGGUUUCAGAACAGAAGAGCCAAGUGGAGGAAAAGAGAGCGCUACGGGCAGAUCCAACAAGCCAAGACUCACUUCGCAGCCACCUACGAUUUAUCAGUGUUACCGAGAACCGACAGCUACACACAGAUCCCCAACAACCUGUGGCCGAGCCCGGCUCCCGGCGGCUCCGUCGUGUCCUCCUGCAUGCUGCCCCGGGGUUCCCCUCCCUGCGUCACCUCUUACUCGCACUCCCCCCGCUCGGCCGCCGGCGCCGCCGACCACGGCUACGUGGGCUUCCCCGGCCAGCAGAACCAGUUCGGUCACGUCUCCCUCAACAACUUCUUCAGCGCAGACUCCCUCCUCACGCCGGCCUCCAACCCGGCCUUCGAGGCCAAGCCCGAGUUCGAGAGGCGCUCAUCCAGCAUCGCCGUGCUGCGCAUGAAGGCCAAAGAGCACACGGCCAACAUCUCCUGGGCCAUGUGAUCAUGGGUCCUCAGCAUGUCUGGGAAGGCUGGACAAAUUUCCACGUUUUUUUUUUUGUUUUGUUUUGUUUUUUUUACAAAAUGUGGAGGUUGCAUAAAGGGUCAAAAUCAUAUUUUUAAACCGGCUCACCAGUCAUUCAGAGUGACACAAUGUCACUGGCCUGCUUUUCACAUCAGACUCUGACCACAAUGUUUCUGCUGAGUCUAGAGAGUCAGUGUGUAAAUAUAUGCCAGGAUUAAUGCGUAUUCUAACAGCGGCUAGGAUCCAAAAAUGUAAUUAACCCAGUUGUGUGACAACCAGCUCUGUUUCUGGUCCGAGGCAGAUCAAUGAGCAGGGCAGAGCAGCACUGGCAUAAGCUGACAAGACACUUUUGUCUGAAGUGGGAGACCCUCUUAUAGCUUUAACUGACUUCUGUGAGUUUCAGGGUAACGUCCAGUCCGGUCAGAGGAGACUUUUGAUGAACUCUGGUGAUCUCUGGACGCUUUCUUCGUUGUUUUUUUGUUUGUUUGUUUGUUCUUUUAAAUGGAGCGUGGCAGUGAAACAGUGAAAACUUGUGUGACUGGAUCGCAGUGUGAGCACGUGUGGAUCCUGAGCGAGGGGUCCCAAACCACUUCACUAUUUCUAAGCACUGCGAAUAAGCUUUAUUUACCUUUCCUCUUCCUCCCUCGUUCCAGCUCAGGACUGAAGAUGAGCAGGGCAGAGAAAAAAAACAAAAAAACGUACUAACGUGUCCGUGCUUUGCAGCAAAGCUCUGUGAUCUGGGGUUUGUGCCUGCGUUCCGUAUCACAGGUACGUGACGCGGGCAGAGGAGGCUGGUUUGGAAACUGUGUUUGUGUAACAAAUUUGUGUGGUGGAAGCAUAAUAAAUGAAUGCCACUU